GCUGGAACCCAGGAGCAGCCUGCAAAGGAGAAACCUUGAACCAGAGGCUCUUUGCUGCAAUAGCUCGUUGGCUGUGUGGCUCAGACUCCUCAGGCUAGUUACCUGUGAUGGACUGCACCUUCCCUCUCCGCUCUGCCACGCAGCGCUCGCUGCAGCCGGCUCGGUGGAAGAAUGCCCACGGUGUGGGGUCCCACCACAGCGAGCACAGCCUGAGCCCAGGUGGCUCAGGACACCAGCACAGCCGCCUGGAGCCACUGGAGUGCCGGGAUCUGCUGGUCCAGAAUGCACUCUUCACUGGAGACCUGGACAUGGUGCAGAAGUACUUCACCAAGGGCUCAGCCAUCAACCUCAUCAUCGAGACCAGGGGUGAUGUGCUGCGCUGGACUAGCAGUAAACGUGGGCUGUGGUCGCUGAGCUACGAGCAGGAGCUGACCACGCCGCUGCACAUCACGGCCAGCCGCGGGCACACGGGCUGCCUGCGGCUGCUGCUGCAGCGCGGCGCUGCCCCGGACCUGGCUCCGGGCGGGCGCACGGCGCUGCACGCGGGGGGGGGGGCCGCCCGCGCCGCCUGUGCGCGCCUGCUGCUCCGCGCCGGGGCCGACCCCGAGGCGCUCUCCGAGGACGGCUACCGGCCCCUGCACCUCUGCCGGAGCGCCGACUCCAUCGAGUGUGUCCGGCAGCUGCUGCAGUAUGGUGCCAGUGUGAACAGCCAGACAGAGGAGGAGAAUGACACAGCACUGCAUGUGGCAUCACGGCUUGGCCUGGUAGAGCACGUCCAGCUGCUUCUGCACCACGGGGCUGAAUUGGAGGUGAAGAACAAGGAGGGCCAAACGCCACUGAAUGCUGCCUGUGCUCAGCACCACCAGCCCCAGGACAUGGACCGCUACUACCGCGUCUGCCAGCUGCUGGUGGAGAGCGGGGCCAGCAUCAACGCUGCGGACCGGGAGCAGCAGCGCCCGCUCCACCUGGCCUGCAAGAAUGCCAAUGCCCAAAUCGCAGAGUUACUGCUGGCCCGCGGUGCCAACGUCAACGUCAUGAACUAUGGUGGCAGCACAGCCCUGCACAACAUCCUGCAAGUAGCUGCCUACAAGCUGGAGCAUCACCCCGAGCUGGUGGUGCGAGCGCUGCUCAACCAUGGCGCCGUGCGCGUCUGGCCGGGCUCCCUGCUCAAGGUGCUGCAGUCCUGCCACUCCUGCCCGCGCGCCAUCGAGGCCCUGGUGAACAGCUACAGCCACGUGCGCGUCUCCGAGGACUGGGAGGCAGCAGUUCCAGCAGAGGUUGUGCAGAAAUACCCGUGUUUCUACCAGUCGCUGUUCUCCCUGGGGCACAGCCCUCGCUCUCUGCAGCACCUGGCUCGCUGCGCUCUCCGGACCCUGCUGGAGGGGCGGCUGCAGCUAGUCCUGUCCCAGCUACAUCUGCCAAGGGCCCUGCACCAGUUCCUGCUGCUCGGCUUCGAGGAUGUUCUCUACUAGGGGUGGCAGUUCCAGCCCAGCUGUGCCUUCCUGGGCAGAUGUUCCAUUCCUGCCCGUGCAGUCUGUGCUUUCCCACCACCCCCUUCCCCUCACCCCACUCCUGCCUGGCCACGUCAGCCCCUGUGCCAAGCCUGUUGCUGUGUCCCAUUCCCAACCAGCCUUGUGUUCUGCAUCAUGCACCUCUUUUGGAGCAUUCUGUUGGUCCAUACUAACCCAGACAGACUCCAGACUAACAAAAGGAGGUAUGGGAAUUAGGGCAUUUUGGGGUACAAGGAGCAAAGACAUUGCAUGGAUCACAGGAUUAGUAGUAGGAUAUCAGUUUCCCUAUUCCAAAUCCAAAUACUCUAGCCUGUACUAGGCAACUGGUGCCCUGGAUGAUUGCUGUGAUUCUGUCUUUAGUCAGUUGCUUAGUCUGUACCCAAAGGUGUUUGGAAUAAAUCCUG